AUGUCCGAGGCCUUGCGGUACCCCAAACCAAACACCACAGGUGGACAGUAUCCAAUGCAGGAAAUGCAUGCGCCAUUGGAGUACUCGUCACCCGAACACCCAGGCGGGACUACAACAGUACCAGUUGACCCCGCAAUGGCUACAAUGUUGGACGACAGUACCGUGAUCGACUUUUUUCUCAGCGUGCGUCUAAAAAUCAUGAGUCUGUAA